AUGGCUUUUGUCACGGGUGGUGCUUCAGCCUACGAUCAGGGACCUAUAUCUCCCGACUCGUGGAAGCGUGCCGUGUACCGGAGUGCUCCUCAGUAUUUCUAUGUUGGAGUCCUCACUCCGGAAAAGCAAGGCGGCAGUUAUAGCUACGGCCUCCGUAUUUGUCCCAUCAAGGACGACAACGCAUCCAUCUCUACUAAUUCAACUUCUUCGAAGGGCUCACAUUCGGAGUAUGACAUCUGGCGAAAAUGGGAGGAUUGCCUCUGGUUUCAAGACAGCCUUGAGGCCGAAUAUGCUCUCAUGGCAAGAGAGAAAAUCACACGUCUAGCCGCAGGCAAAGGAGUGAAAAAGGAUGGCAUGUAUAUCCAGAGUGACCAGGCAGCCUCUUUUGAUUCACUUCCUCCGGGUCCCGAUCCUCACUCCGUCGCCCGUGAUAUUCACCAGCACAUCCUGAAACUGACGAAGAAGGGAACACUAUUCCGCGCGAGCCAAGCUACUGUUGACCAACGGUUCGCCGAGUUUCGUGCCAUGAUAAAUGCGUUUUUUCAAGAAGAUCUUCCGAUGCUCUUGAAAGAGUUGAUGGUUACGAGAACCUUCACUGAUUUCUUCGGCUAUUGGAGACGUGAUCAUGACCUCGCUAUCAAAAUACAGAAAAAUCAGACCCCUCCCGCUACAUCUCGCCAUUCUGUGUCUAGUAGCAUGCUUUCUACUUAUUUUCCUGUUUCAUCUCCGGCAGCAUCAGACGUUGUACCCUCUUCCACAUCUGUGAACGAGUCACACAAGAAGUUUCCCAGACGAGGCUCAGGCACUUCGGACUCGUUGUCAUCGGGGAUUUCCCUGAAAGACCAGCCAACUGCCCGCCCACGGGUGAAUGAUCACUCUAGCUUAACGAUAUCCCUGCCGUCACGUGGCUCGAAAUCCACCAUAUCUUCCUCUUCUUCGUCUUCCUUGAACUCUCCAUCUCCCGUCACGUCGCGUCGAUCUUCCAACCGUUCGCCAGCGGUUGUCACGCAUGAAGCUCCAAUCAAAUUUGGACAUAACCCACAGCAUACACCUGUCGGAUACGCGUCAGAGCGUCGAGCAUCGAUACUCCAAGUCCUCCCAGAGGACCAGGAGGUUGAGAUUGAAAAGGCUGUAUCUGCGGAUUACGCGCAGAUGCGAAGGGUAAAUAGGACUGCUAGGGUCCUUGGCCCCCCUGCUUCUGAAUUAUAUGAUGAUGCUGAACUUCCUUCGGAUGCACCAUCCUAUGCUAGGUGCUCCUGGCGGUCAACCAACUCUGUUUCGCCCUCUCGUGCUGCAGCCUACCUUGCCGAGCUCAAUGUUGACUUUACGCUUCCACAUCCUCACCCGGAACGUGCGCACCGCCCCCGUGCCUCGAUGUGUAGUGUGGCAUCAUACAGGACUGACGCCUCUGCUGAUGCGAUCAUUCCUCGAUCUACUUAUACUCAGUCUUCGCCUUCUGCUGGGACCCGACAAUAUCGUCAUUCCGUGCCUUUCCAGGAUGAAGAAGAGUGGGUAGAACGCGAACCAUGGGCUGAUGAAUCGGCUUACGGACAGGACGAUCUCCUUGACGCCUAUUUCAAUGACGCGAUACCACCGACAUCACCUACCGAAGAUAGCCUCUUCUCUUCACAGCAGUAUGACUCGUACCCAACAUCGGCGUACCCCGCGCGACGGGCAUCUGUAACCACAUCCAUAUCUAGCGGAUCAACGGGAUGUAGCGACGGAUCAGCCAUUUCCAUCAAAGCAUUGCAUGAGAACAAUAUUAUUAUGCUUCGCGUUCCGCAGGCCUUGUGCUUCACUGAGGUUCGUCAACGACUUUACGACAAAUUUGUACGGCAAGAAGGCGUGCCACUUUCAGAGAGCUUUGUGGUGGCCAUCCUCGUUCCCCCUCCAGUCAUAGAGAAAUCUGGGGGUCGUCAUUACGCUGCUUCGUUCUCCUCUAUGGCCGAUAAGGAUAGUGUUGUUCUGCACUUCGUAAAGUCUAACGAUGACUGGGACCGGGCGAUAUCCAAGUAUGGAAACAAGGUCCUUCUGCGUGUUAUUGGCAGCCACGCCUAG